AUGUGGAGAAAUUCUCUGCUGAGGGGUGUUCAGAGCGCCCGCCUGGCAUCGAGGACGACGAGGCUUGCUGCUGUCCGCAAGCCUCUGCCCUUGACCACCAGGCGCCUGUACGCCGCGACCACCGCCCCCAAUGCCACCUCUUCGGCCCCCGACCCGAGUGACAACUUCCUGUCCGGAAGCACUGCCAACUACAUUGAUGAAAUGUACAUGCAGUGGAAGCAGGAUCCCAAGAGCGUCCACGUAUCUUGGCAGGUCUACUUCAAGAACAUGGAGAGCGGCGACAUGCCCAUCUCCCAGGCCUUCCAGCCGCCCCCGAACCUCGUUCCCAACAUGACCGGCGGCGUCCCUCGCCUGUCCGGAGGGCUCACCCUUGAGGACGGCUCCGACGUCACAAACCACCUCAAGGUCCAGCUGUUGGUGCGCGCAUUUCAAGCUCGUGGCCACCACAAGGCUAAUAUCGAUCCUCUGGGCAUCCGCAACACUUCUGCCGGCUUUGGUAACAUCAAGCCCAAGGAAUUGACGCUCGAACACUAUGGCUUCACCGAAAAGGAUCUCGACACCGAAUACACUCUUGGCCCUGGCAUCCUGCCCCGAUUUAAGCGGGACGGGCGUGAUAAGAUGACUCUCCGCGAGAUCAUCGCCGCCUGCGAAAAGAUCUACUCCGGCUCCUAUGGUGUUGAAUUCAUUCACAUCCCUGAUCGCGAGAAGUGCGACUGGCUGCGCGAGCGCCUCGAGGUCCCCCAGCCAUUCAAGUACUCCAUCGAUGAGAAGCGCCGCGUCCUGGAUCGAUUGAUUUGGAGCUCCAGCUUCGAGUCUUUCCUCGCCACGAAAUACCCCAACGACAAGCGAUUUGGUCUUGAGGGCUGCGAGACCCUUGUUCCCGGUAUGAAGGCUCUCAUUGACCGCAGCGUCGACUACGGUGUUAAGGAUAUCGUCAUCGGCAUGCCUCACCGUGGUAGACUUAACGUUCUCAGCAAUGUCGUCCGAAAGCCGAACGAGUCAAUUUUCAGCGAGUUUGCCGGAACCCUUACUGCUGGAGACGAAGGCUCUGGCGACGUCAAGUACCAUCUUGGUAUGAACUUUGAGCGACCCACGCCUUCUGGUAAGCGUGUACAACUCUCACUUGUCGCCAACCCCUCCCACUUGGAAGCCGAAGAUCCUGUCGUUCUGGGCAAGACCCGUGCCAUUCAGCACUACAACAAUGAUGAGAAGGACCACAAGACCGCCAUGAGCGUCUUGCUGCACGGAGACGCGGCUUUCGCCGCUCAAGGUGUUGUGUACGAAUGUCUUGGAUUCCACUCGCUGCCCGCCUUUUCCACUGGAGGCACCAUUCACCUCGUCGUUAACAACCAGAUCGGUUUCACCACCGAUCCUCGUUUCGCACGCUCCACAGCCUACUGCACGGAUAUUGCCAAGGCUAUCGACGCUCCGGUCUUCCACGUCAACGCUGACGACGUCGAAGCCGUCAACUUCGUCUGCCAACUGGCUGCCGAUUGGCGAGCUGAGUUCCAGCACGAUGUCGUCAUCGACUUGAUCUGCUACCGCAAGCACGGCCACAACGAGACAGACCAGCCUUCGUUCACCCAGCCUCUGAUGUACAAGCGCAUUCAGGAGAAGGUCCCCCAAAUCGACGUUUACGUCAACAAGUUGCUACAGGAAGGUACCUUCACAAAGGAAGACAUUGAGGAGCACAAGCAGUGGGUUUGGGGCAUGCUUGAAGAGAGCUUUUCCAAGUCUAAAGACUACCAGCCUACGUCUAAAGAGUGGACUACAUCCGCUUGGAAUGGCUUCAAGUCGCCCAAGGAGCUCGCUACGGAAAUCCUCCCCCAUAACGAUACCAGCGUCGACAAGGCGACGUUGAACCAUAUCGGUGAAAUUAUUGGAUCUGCCCCCGAGGGCUUCCAAAUCCACCGUAACCUGAAGCGAAUCCUAAACAACCGAACAAAGACCGUUACUGAGGGCACCAACAUUGACUUCCCCACCGCCGAAGCUCUCGCGUUCGGCACUCUCGUUACGGAGGGCUACCAUGUAAGAGUCUCCGGCCAGGAUGUUGAGCGUGGUACCUUCUCACAGCGCCAUGCCGUCUUCCACGACCAAGAGACUGAAGAGACAUACACUCCCCUGCAGCACAUCAGCAAGGAUCAAGGAAAGUUUGUCAUCUCCAACUCGUCUCUUAGCGAGUUCGGAGCCUUGGGCUUUGAGUACGGUUACUCACUGUCAUCGCCAAACGCGCUUGUGAUGUGGGAAGCCCAGUUUGGUGACUUUGCAAACAACGCUCAGUGCAUCAUUGAUCAGUUCAUUGCAUCUGGUGAAGUCAAGUGGAUGCAAAGGACAGGCCUGAUCAUGUCUCUGCCUCACGGAUACGACGGCCAGGGCCCAGAGCACUCUUCUGGUCGUCUGGAGCGUUACCUGCAGCUUUGCAACGAAGAUCCUCGCGUUUUCCCAUCCGAGGACAAGCUUCCCCGCCAGCACCAGGAUUGCAACAUGCAGAUUGUCUACAUGACCACCCCUGCCAACUUGUUCCACGUCUUGCGUCGACAGAUGCACCGCCAGUUCAGAAAACCCCUCAUCAUCUUCUUCUCCAAGUCACUCCUUCGCCACCCGCUUUCAAGAUCUAACAUUGAGGAAUUCACUGGCCCCAACGCUCAAUUCCAGUGGAUCAUCCCCGACCCUGAGCACCAAACUGGAGCUAUCAAGGCUCCUGAAGAGAUUGACCGAGUUGUUCUUUGCACUGGUCAGGUUUGGGCCAGCCUACACAAGUACCGCGAAGAGAACAAGAUUGACAACGUGGCCUUGACUCGUAUCGAGCAGCUGAACCCCUUCCCUUGGCAGCAGCUGAAGGAGAACCUUGACAUGUAUCCUAAUGCCAAGACUAUUGUCUGGGCACAGGAAGAGCCUCUUAACGCCGGAGCCUGGAGCUUUACACAGCCGCGAAUCGAGACUCUGCUGAACCAGACCCAAUACCAUGAUCGCAAACACGUCAUGUAUGCUGGUCGUAACCCCUCUGCCUCUGUGGCCACUGGUUUGAAGAACACGCACAAGCUUGAGGAGCAGGAGUUCUUGGAGAUGGCCUUCUCUGUCACCCAAGACAAGCUAAAGGGCGAGUAA